AUGUCCACUAUUAAUACUACUACAACAAUCAUUGAUAUUCCAAAAGAUUUUAAAUCAACUUUACCACCAAGAAAAAGAGCAAAGACAAAGGAAGAAAAAGAACAAAGAAGAAUAGAAAGAAUUUUAAGAAAUAGGAAAGCUGCUCAUCAGAGUAGAGAAAAGAAAAGAUUACAUUUAAAAUUCUUAGAAUAUAAAUGUGAUUUAAUGGAAUCUUUAUUAACUGAUAUUGAUUUAUUAACAAUUUUUAAAGAUGAUGAAUCAAAAUUAGAAAAAGUUAAUGAAUAUCUUUCAAUGAAAGAUUCAAAAGAUGUCAUUGAAAAUGAAAUUAGUUUCAUUAAAAAUAAAGAUCCUUCACUAAUUGAUUCGCAGGAAGAAGAUGAUGAUGAAAAUCAUCAUCAUAAUAGUAAUAACAAAAUGAUCUCCAAUGAUACGAUCGUUAAAUUGGAAGAAACAGAAAUCAAACUAGAGGAUGUUUCUUCUAUUGUAUCAACAUCUCUUUCCCCAUUUCAAAUGAUCUCCCCAAUGAGUAAUAUUACUUUAGAAACAGAUAAAGAAGACAUUUUCGAUUCUGGUAACAAUUACUCUUACAAUACAAAAAAUUCAACCUCACCAUUGGAUGUUGAUGAUUCUUUCGAAAAGAAUAAAAAUUGGGAUCUUCUAAUGAAUAAAGACGACCAAGAUGAUUCAAUAUAUUUUGAAUUAGACACGACCGAUUUCACACAAACAAAUAAUAGUAAUAAUCUCCUAAAUGGUUCAUAUGACCUUGACAAUUGGCGUAAUCCAGCCGCGAUUACCAAUUAA